AUUGGGGACUAUUUUGUAGUUAGUUAACUUUGUACUGAUGGAACGAAUAUGGAACGAUAAAUGUACUCGUUCCACCAAUGUAAUCGUUACGUUGUACCGAAUACAGCAGUAACGACCCACCACUAGUACCUUCAGUACGAAUUCAAACUCCGUAUUGUCGCGUGUUUGUCUGUGACAAUUAUUUUCGUAGACCGAUUUUUUUUAGUACGUUCUGAAAACGAGUGAUAACAAUUUUGAGCAACGGUGUGCUAUCCGAUUUUGUUUCAAACUUGGACACAGUGCGACAGAAACUUUUCAAAAGCCCCAACAAGUAUAUGGAGAAAGUGUACUUUCAAGGGCUCAGGUUUUUUAGGUGGUUUAAGGCAUUUUCUGAAGGCAGAUAGGCGAUUGAAGAUGAACCUCGCAGUGGAAGACCUUCAACUGCAAAAACUGAUGAAAACGUCAUCAGAGUUCGAGAUCUUGUCCGAUCCGAUCGUCGGUUGACCGUCAGAAUGAUCGGAGAACAGUUAGGAUUGACUCACACCACCGUUCAUCACAUUUUGACCAAUGAUUUGGAGAUGAGAAAAAUUUGUGCAAAAAUGGUUCCGAAAAUUCUAUCGCAAGACCAAAAGGACAACAGGAGGGACAGGUGUCUCGAUUUUUUGAAACAGAUUGAAAAUGACCCUUCUUUCUUAGAACGUGUCAUUACUGGAGACGAGCCUUGGAUUUUCGAGUAUGAUCCGGAAACCGAUGAGACGUGAAUUGGCCACCAAGAUCGUGUGAUUUGAUCCCAUUAGACUUUUUCUUGUAGGGUUUCCUGAAUUCGCAGGUCUAUGCCGAUAAGCCGAAAUCUACAGAUGACCUUAAAGUGAACAUAACCCAGGCCAUCACUCAAAUUCAACCGGAUCUAUGCGGCAAAGUCAUUGAAAAUUGGACCACUCGGAUUCGUGCCACUGUGAGAAGCCGUGGCGGACAUUUAAACGAUAUUAUAUUCAAAACAUAAUUGGCAUACUUAGAACUUUAAAAUAAAAAAAAAAUUUCACUAAUACCUCGUACAUAGCUUAUUUUAUUUCAUUUCAACAUCGACCCACUCUUAUUGAAAAACCCUAUAGAAUAGGUAUGGAUGCCAGUUCGCGAUAUCCGUGGGCACCGCCGCCGCCGGUCCGUAUGGGUCGGUAAAGGUACAUUUUCCCUUGCGCGAUCGCAGUCGCGACAUCUUAGUUUAUUCUAGACUAUUCUACAUUGCGAUCCAGAUUAAUAAAAUGUAUAGUUCAUAAUGAGAUAUAAAUUUAUUAUAAUAUGGAUACAGAAAUCUUGAACAUUUUUUACUAGAAGAAGAUUAUGAUGAGGUUUUACUCUGGUUUUGCUCUACCGGAGAAAAAAAAAAGGUCCAUUAUUUACUAAGAGAAGUACUGAAGUAUUCAUCAUGAAAUUCUUAUCAACGGCCGUUUGAAAAAUAAUGAAAUCAAGUACGGGGAAUUUUUUAAAAUAAACCACGAUCAGUCCGAUUUUAUUUUGAAUCUAAUAAGAGAUGAUUUAACAUCGUCUUCGACUUUGUUAAACUUGGGCCAUUGCAGAACUCAACGACCGAUGUCAACGAGUGGUCUAUCAUAAAUGAGUACUGAAUAGGUACCUAUCAAAUUAUUGCAUAUUAUUUAACAUAACGCGGCAUAUGUUAAUGUGGACUUCUCCACUGCUCAAUUAUAAAAUAAUAAUUAUAGAUUACAUAUUAAUAAUUAUUUUCAAAACGCGAUUUGACUGCUUAAGCAGUCAGUUCGAAUUCGCGCAUUAAACCAGUUCACAAUUAACAUAGCCGACCGCGAUCGCGCAAAGACAACCAAGAAUAUUGUAUCAGCAGUCGUGCGAUCGAAGCACGUUAUCUCAGAUCACGGGUCGCGUUCGAGAUCGCGCAAUGGAAAACAUACCUAUCAGGCCGCCCACUCGUCUGAUUAUUUGCGUUUUUUCCUCCAAUAUUUUUUUUUUCUCGAUUAUAAUUAUUAUUAUUGUUAUUAUAAUAAUAUUUCCAGUACGCCUUCAUUACAUGGUUUUAGUAAUGCCACAAUAUUAAUUUUAAACCCUACAAUAUUGUGAACACAUUAUUCGUUUUUGUCAUUGGUCUUGCUAACAAUAUUGUUGAAAUAUUUCAGUAUCAAUGUUUAAAACGAACUAUAUUUACAGUGUACCAGCAACAUGGAAUUGCUAUCUGGGAAGAAUUGAGACUAAAGGUGGGAACAGACUAUUGUCAAGUACGUAAGCUCACGCGUUGUCACGUGAGCCCACGUGACGAGAAAAAAGUGUGGGAUAUAGGUUUAUACAGUAUUUUAAUGUAUCAGCACCACAUUAACGUCACCUCACGCGUGUCAUGUCAUAUUUCCUACUUCACGCGUGAUGAACCGUGAUGUCACGUUUUGAUUUUCUAACUUCACACAUAUUUUCGACUGCAUGAGCUCACGAAUUUUGUCUAUUUUGUUAUUAUUCAUAAUUUAUAUGUACAUAUAAUUAUAACGCUAUUGAUAUUAAGAACAAUUUUAAGCUAGUUCAUUAACUUUAAAAAAAAAAUUAACAUUUUUAUUAUGGAUGAACUUCUCAUCGAAAAAGUUCGUGAACAUCAUGUUUCGAAAUUGAGUAUUUUGCUUUUGUAUGUCUUGUUUAAUAAGUUCAUGCAAAUAAUCAAAUUCUUCUUUUGUCAUCCGGAAAUACAUGUGGAACCGUUUUGGUUCGUUUCGUAAUUCACGAACUAAACGAUGGAAUUCGCUCAAUUGUUCCCUUUUUUUUAUUGAUUUCAUGUACCCAGAUUGAUCGGGUGGUUUUUUUAUUUGCCUCAUCUGAAAUCACAAAUACAGCUGUUGUUUUCAAUUCUUCUUCCUACUCUGAACUACUUGAAGUUUUUCUAUUCAUUUUAAAUUUAUUAUAAAAUAAAAAUGUGUGUGAACACAGUAGAUAAACAGUGGCGUUCAUUCAACAGUCGUACAAUCAAAAGUGACUCUGAAUAAAACGGUGACGUGAUAAAGCAUGACAACUUGAUAAUGUGACAAUAAUUUAUUUCUAAGCGUGACAUCACGGUUAAAAUAUACCAACGUGACAACACGUGAGCUCACGUAACGUGACAAUAGUCUGUUCCUACCUCAACAAUUAUCAAAUUUUCAGACAACCACUGGGAGCACGAAGGUAUCAAAACGUUUGCAAACAAUUAUAUACUACAUAUUACUUCGAAGUUCUAAUAACAACUGUUCCGAAUAUAACUGUUACACAUGUGUGUUACUCCAAAAUUAAAUUAAACUUAAUAAAAACUGCUACGAAAGGCGAUAAUUCCGAUAAUUGAUUUAUCUAUAUAAGUGAUGUAGCCACUAACCUUGAUUUGGUGUUACGGCGAUUCUUUUAAAUCAUAAUAUACUAUUGCUGUUAUCACAUUGAUCUUUUUUAAAAGAGCUACACCACACUAUUUUUUGGUAUCUAUUUUUACAUUAAUUUUGUCAUAAAUAUCUCAUUCAUCUCAUCGUUAAGUUUGAAUCAUAGAUAAUUAUGUUUACAUAAGGCAAUCGUGUACACCUUGUUACAAACUUUGGAAGAUUAUAACUUCUAAAAUAAUAGUUUCCGGUAAAAUAAUUUAUACCAUCGUUUUAAGCAUAAAAAAAUUGAAAAUCAUAAGGGCAUUUGUUUCAAUUUUAAUAUUAAUAAAGGAAAUUUUUUUGAUAAUAUAUAAAAUUGAUGAUCAUAAUAAAUUUCGGUUGUUAAAUUAUUCAUGGAAACCAGAAUCACCUUACAAGUUCCCGUUUUCUGUUCACAUGAAAAAUGGAGUGGAAAGAAAAAGAUUUUUAAGAUUUAAUAAUUUGAUAAUUACUCUUGGCUGUCUAAUUCAGAAAAAUAUUCUGGUUUAUUUUAUAAAAUAUUUGUUCUUUGUUUAGUUCACAAGAAUGGUGGAAAAGAAAAAAUAUAUCUUUACAGAAACUUGUAACUAAACCAUUGCAAGAGUUUGCAAAACUGCAUGGCAGAAAUGGAUAUUUGGAAACUCACAGUAAGACUAAAUAUCAUAAAGAUGUUGCUUUAAGCUCUACUGAUAUUUUUGACUAUCUUGAACAUAAUAAACAAGUUAUUAAUUUAAUUAACACAGUAUGUAUGAGACAAGUUAAUGAGAACAGGAAACCUAAUUAAAGCCUAUUAUACAGUAAAUUAUUUUUUUGGGACGUCAGAAUGUUGCAUUUAGAGGUCAUCAAGAACAUAAUAGUCUUCUAUCAGACAUAUCUGAUUCCUCUUGUAUAAAUGAAGGUAAUUUUCGUUAGGUAUUGAAAUUUAGAAUAGCUUCUGGUGAUCAUGUAUUGAAAAAUCAUCUAAAUUCACAUUCUGUUCAAAACUAUAUUAUUAUUUAUAGGCAAAAUAAAAUAAUGUUUCAUAUUUUGAAAGUUGUAAAAAAAAAAAAUAUUAUACUAUUUGAAAUAUUAUUUGAAGAAACAACCAACACAAUUAAUAUAUCACAAAUGAGUCUCAUACUUAGAUAUAUUGAUACUAAUAAUAAAGUUAAUGAACAAUUUAUUAGAUUUCUUGAUUGUCAUGAAUAUGUUUAUACCCAAAGCAAGUAUGAUGAAGCAGUUAACAGCAUUGAUGAAGAACAUAAUAUUGAACUUAGUAAAAAACUAGAACCAAAUGGAUCUGGUGAAAUAUUAGAUAAUACUGUUGUAUCUAUGCUAAAAGAAAUGUCUUUAGAACUAGAUUACUCUAUAAGAAUUGGUACAGAUGGUUGUGCUGUAAUGAUAUCAUCCAUACGAGGAGCAACAAAUUCAACAAAUUAA